AUGAACUCCUCAUUCCACCUGCACUUCUUGGAUCUUGGGCUGAACGCCACGGAAGGCAACCUCUCGGGACUGAGUGUCCGGAAUGCAUCCUCACCAUGUGAGGACAUGGGCAUCGCGGUGGAGGUGUUCCUGGCCCUGGGCCUCAUCAGCCUGCUGGAGAACAUCCUGGUCAUUGGGGCCAUUGUGAGGAACCGGAACCUGCACACCCCCAUGUACUUCUUCGUGGGCAGUUUGGCGGUGGCUGACAUGUUGGUGAGCUUGUCCAAUUCCUGGGAGACCAUCACCAUCUACCUGCUCACCAACAAGCAUCUGGUGAUGGCCGAUGCCUCUGUGCGGCACCUGGACAACGUGUUCGACUCCAUGAUCUGCAUCUCCGUGGUGGCCUCCAUGUGCAGCCUGCUGGCGAUUGCUGUGGACCGCUAUGUCACCAUCUUCUACGCCCUUCGCUACCAGCGCAUCAUGACGGGGCGGCGCUCGGGGGCCAUCAUCGCUGGCAUCUGGGCCUUCUGCACCAGCUGCGGCACGGUCUUCAUCGUGUACUACGAGUCCACGUACGUGGUUGUCUGCCUCAUUGCCAUGUUCCUCACCAUGCUGCUCCUCAUGGCGUCUCUGUACACCCACAUGUUCCUCCUGGCUCGAACCCAUGUCCGGCGCAUCGCCGCCCUGCCCGGGCACAGCUCCGUGCGGCAGAGGACUGGCGUGAAGGGGGCCGUCACCCUGGCCAUGCUGCUGGGCGUCUUCAUCGUGUGCUGGGCCCCCUUCUUCCUCCACCUCAUCCUGAUGAUUUCGUGUCCUCAGAACCUCUACUGCUCUUGCUUCAUGUCUUACUUCAACAUGUACCUCAUCCUCAUCAUGUGCAACUCUGUGAUUGACCCUCUGAUAUACGCCUUCCGCAGCCAAGAGAUGCGGAAGACCUUUAAGGAGAUUGUUUGUUUUCAGGGCUUCAGAACCCCCUGUAGGUUCCCGAGCAGGUACUAA